UGUCCUCGCGAGAGCAGUGGAGGAGCGCAAUGAGGAGAGCGCGAGAGAUGCGGCUUAGUGAGGGGAGCACUUCAACAGCAAGACAAAUAGCUAUAUCACUGAAAAACGGACGGGUUCAUUGUAAUAUGUCCUCGAAACGUUUUUGUAUCUACUACUUGGAUAUUUAGCCUAUGUUUUGAUGCAGUCUACCUAUGUAGCCUACACCGGGGAGGUAACUGUAGCCAAGCGAAACAGUGAAGAACAGGCGGCCGGUUGAGGACAGCCGGGGACUCUCACAGCUACUUUCAGAGAUGUCCCUUCUCUGUGUCAGAGUGAAGAAAGCCAAGCUGGAUGGACCCAAAGAGAAGUUCAACACGUACUUGAUCCUGAAGGUGCAGAAUGUGAAGAGCACCACCAUCGCUGUCCGGGGCAGCAUGCCCAGUUGGGAGCAGGACUUCAUGUUUGAGAUCAACAGGCUGGACCUGGGGUUGACGGUGGAGGUGUGGAAUAAAGGGUUAAUAUGGGACACCACGGUGGGAACAGUGUGGAUCCCCCUGCACAGCAUCCGCCAAUCAAACGUGGAGAGUCCGGGGGACUGGCUGACCCUGGACUCCCAGGCCAUCAUGGCGGACAACGAUAUCUGUGGAACCAAAGACCCCACCUUACACCAGGUGCUGCUGGACACACGCUUUGAACUGCCUCUGGAUAUCCCUGAGGUGGAGGCACGAUAUUGGGCCAAAAAAUUGGAGCAACUCAACGCCAUGAGAGAUCAAGAUAUAACUAACCAUCACCCAUACCAAGAAGACCAGGAGCGACCACUUCCUGUCCCAGGGACACAGUGCUGUAACUGGAGUCUGUGGGGAGACCAACAAAAUGAGGACCCAGACAGUGCUGUGGAUGACAGAGACAGUGACUAUCGCAGUGAGACCAGUAAUGGCAUCCCUCCUCCUUACUACACCACGUCCCAGCCCAAUGCCUCCGUCCACCAGUACCCCAUCAGAGACCAGCAGAACCGCCCCUCCUCCAACCCCCCCUCUAACAGCUGUGAACCCCUCGACUACCACCAGAGGGCCAUCAGUCCGACGGGAAGCUAUGCAUCGUCGGCAGAGUUGAGUCACUGCAGCAGCCAGCUGAGUGAGGAGGAGUACGGCCCGGAAUACAGAGAGCGAGACCCUUAUGAUGAGAAUGACUCCUACCACUCCUGCCACUCCUCUGUCAGCUACAUCAAAGGUUCUCCCAACUGGGACCCCGAUGAGACCCAGGGGGCGUAUAGCGACGAGGGGGGCUACAGUAAGGAUGGGGGUGAGGGGGCCAUCUAUGAGGAGGAUGAUGGUGGUCUGUAUGAGGAAGAGGUGGCGAAUGAAGGAGAGGGGCACAUAUAUGACGAUGAGGAUUAUCUUCUGGAUGGGACCCUCAGUGAGGAUAUCCCCUACACCCCUACCCCCACCAGCACGGCACCCCCCACACUGGAUGUCCCAGGUGCUUCUAGACCCCCUCUGCAGAAACAGCCCUCUCUGCAUCAACAGCAGGCGCCACCCAGCCAACCGCCCAGCCAUGCCCCAAAUCUGGCCCACCCUCCGGGCAUAGCUCCAGGAGGACAGCCCCUGGGACAGCCAUCCACCCAGGCCCCUCAAGCCCAGUCUCAUCCCCAGCCAGCCCCUGCCCCAGCCCAGUCCUUCUUCUCCAUGGCCAAACCCUUCUCAGCAGCAGUAACAGGCCUGGCCUCCUCUUUCCUGUCUUCUGGAGUCCCUACUGCCCAACCUGCUCAGGCUCACCCCCCAGCUUCACAACCCCAUCCCCAGUCUGACCCCGCCAUCCCCCCAUCUCACCCUGCCACUACCUCCCAUGGGCCCCAGUCCACAACCACUGGCGCCCCCUCUCAGCUGACCACCUCCACUGCCUCUCCCUCUGUUGCACAUACAGAGGGCCCUGAUGCCAAACCCCCCCUGCCGGAGGACCAACUGCUCCUAGAGGAAGACAAACCCCUUCCCCCAAAAAUUAGGACCCCUACCCCGACAGAGGAGGAGCACCCCAUGGAAGAUGAGGACCAACGGUAUGACGAGAGUCGCCCCCCCACCCCCGUAGAGGAGGAGGAGCCCCUCCCAGAGAGUCCUCCUGUAGAUGAGGAGCCCAAGGAGCCGGUGGACCCGUCCAUAAGGGCUAGGGAGAACUGGCGACGAAUCAUCGACAAGGUCCAACAGCAGCUUCGAGAGGCACGAGGAGAGACAUCCAAUUCCUUGUGGUUUGGUAAAGGAGGGGUAGGAGAGGUUCUGUACAGCAUCGACAGCAUGCCUGACCUACGCAAGAAGAAAGGCCCCACCCUGGUCAGAGACCUCAGCGCUAAGAACCUCUCCCCCUCUCCUGGACAUCCCUUCUGCAGAAGAGUCAUCAAGAAACAUCAAGGCGGGGCAGCGGAGAAGAGUUCUAAGCAUGGAGCGGAGGACCGAACCCAGAACAUCAUCAUGGUUUUAAAGGACAGGAUGAAGAUCCGAGAGAGGAACAAACCAGAAAUCUUCGAGCUCAUCCAGGAAGUGUUUAGUGUCAUCAAGGCGACGCACGGCACUCAGAUGAAGCAGAUCAAACAGAGCAUGCUCGAUGGGACGUCCAAGUGGUCGGCCAUGAUCAGCAUGACUGUGCAGUGUGCACAGGGCCUUCAGGCCAAGGACAAGACUGGCUCCAGUGAUCCCUAUGUCACAGUUCAAGUGGGCAAGACCAAGAAGAGGACCAAGACCAUCUAUGGUAACCUCAAUCCUGUCUGGGAUGAGAACUUCCACUUCGAAUGCCACAACUCGUCGGACCGGAUCAAGGUACGCGUGUGGGACGAAGACGAUGACAUCAAGUCCAGGGUGAAGCAGAAGUUCAAACGGGAGUCCGAUGACUUCCUGGGUCAGACCAUCAUCGAGGUCCGCACACUCAGCGGCGAGAUGGACGUAUGGUACAACCUGGACAAGAGAACAGACAAGUCUGCUGUGUCUGGAGCCAUCCGGAUGCACAUCAGUGUAGAGAUCAAAGGAGAGGAGACUGUGGCUCCCUACCAUGUCCAGUACACCUGCCUACAUGAACACCUGUUCCAGUACACUACAGAGGAGCAGAACAGUGGUGUGGUGAAGAUCCCUGAUGCUAAAGGAGACGACGCGUGGAAGGUGUACUUCGAGGAGACUCCUCAGGAGAUCGUGGAUGAGUUCGCCAUGCGUUACGGAGUGGAGUCCAUCUACCAGGCUAUGACCCAUUUUGCAUGCCUGUCGUCUAAGUACAUGUGCCCUGGUGUACCCGCGGUGAUGAGUACCCUUCUGGCCAACAUCAAUGCCUACUAUGCUCACACCACCCAGUCCACCAAUAACGUCUCGGCAUCAGACCGCUUCGCCGCAUCCAACUUUGGAAAGGACAGGUUUGUAAAACUUCUAGACCAGCUCCACAACUCUCUGAGGAUUGACCUUUCCAUGUACAGGAAUAACUUCCCAGCUAGUAGCCCUGAGAGGCUGCAGGACCUCAAGUCCACUGUAGACCUGCUGACCAGCAUCACCUUCUUCAGAAUGAAGGUCCAGGAGCUGCAGAGCCCCCCCAGGGCCAGUCAGGUGGUGAAGGACUGUGUCAAAGCCUGUCUCAACUCCACAUACGAAUACAUCUUCAACAACUGCCACGAACUCUAUGGCAGAGAGUACCAGACAGACCCUGCUAAGGCUGACAUUCCAGAAGAGCAGGGUCCCAGCAUCAAGAACUUGGAUUUCUGGUCCAAACUCAUCACCCUCAUCGUCUCCAUCAUAGAAGAGGACAAGAACUCCUACACACCCUGUCUCAACCAGUUUCCUCAGGAACUGAACGUGGGCAUCAUCAGUGCUGAGGUCAUGUGGAACAUGUUUGCUCAAGACAUGAGAUAUGCCAUGGAGGAGCAUGAGAAGAACCGCCUAUGUAAGAGUGCUGAUUACAUGAACCUGCACUUCAAGGUUAAGUGGCUCUACAAUGAAUACUGUAAAGAGCUGCCCACCUUCCAGAAACGUGUACCUGAGUAUCCAGCGUGGUUUGAGCCGUUUGUCAUCCAGUGGUUGGACGAGAACGAGGAAGUGUCCAGAGACUUCCUGCACGGUGCCCUAGUGAGGGACACAAAGGACGGGUUCCAGGUAACGUCUGAGCAUGCUCUGUUCUCAUGCUCGGUGGUGGACGUGUUCUCCCAGCUCAACCAGAGCUUUGAGAUCAUACGCAAGCUAGAGUGUCCCGACCCCCAGAUCGUAGGCAGCUACAUGAAGAGAUUCGCCAAGACCAUCGGCAAUGUACUGCUGUCCUAUGCUGAGAUCAUUUCCAAAGAGUUCCCCAAACAGUGCGGGAACAAAGAGAAAGAGAAAGUGCCUUGCAUCAUCAUCAAUAACAUCCAGCAGCUGAGAGUGCAGCUGGAGAAGAUGUUUGAGGCCAUGGGAGGCAAAAAUCUUAACGUGGAGGCCAGUGACUUCCUGAAGGACCUGCAAUUAAAGCUCAACAACGUCAUGGACGACCUUAGUAGGAUAUUUGCCGUCAGUUUCCAGCCCCAUAUUGAGGAGAACGUGAAGCAGAUGGGCGAAAUCCUGGGCCAGGUGAAGGGACAGACUGUUACUGACAACAACAGCGUGGCCGGGGACGCAGACAACGUCCUGCAGCCCAUCAUGGACUUCCUCCACACCAACCUGUCACUGUUUGCUAAGAUCUGCGAGAAGACCGUGCUGAAGAGAGUGCUGAAGGAACUGUGGAAACUGGUUAUUAACACUAUGGAGAAAAGCAUUGUGCUCCCACCAUUCACAGACCAGUCAGGCACUCAGUUGAUCUUGAAUGCAGCUAAGGAGUUGGGCCAGCUCUCCAAGCUCAAGGAGCACAUGGUGCGAGAGGAGGCCAAGGCUCUGUCUCCUAAACAGUGUGCCGUCAUAGAGCUCGCAUUGGACACUAUUAAGCAAUACUUCCAUGCGGGCGGUGUGGGCCUGAAGAAGACGUUCCUGGAGAAGAGUCCUGACCUGAAGUCUCUGCACUACGCCCUGUCCCUCUACACACAACACACUGACAAGCUCAUCAGGAAGUUUGUCCUCUCCCAAAACACUCAGGUCCAUGGAGGGAAGGGGGUCAGGUAUACCCUGAAUGAAGACACAUUACCAGAGAAGGGGUCGGGAGUGGAGGAGCCAAUCGGAGAGGUGGUCAUGCAUGUGGAGAUUUUCACCCACCCCAACACUGGAGAACACAAGAUCACUGUGAGAGUGGUGGCUGCCAAUGACAUUAAGUGGCAGACCCAGGGGAUCUUCCGUCCCUUCGUGGAGGUCUACAUCAUCGGUCCCCACCUCAGUGACAAGAAGAGGAAACACGCCACCAAGUCCAAGAACAACAGCUGGUCGCCCAAGUUUAAUGAGACCUUUCAGUAUUCCCUGGGAAGUGAGUUGGGUCCUGAGGGUUAUGAGCUGCAGCUGUGUGUGAAGGACUACUGCUUCGCCAGGGAGGACCGUACAGUGGGCAUGGCCCUGAUGCAGUUGAAGGACAUGGCCUCUAGGGGCAGCGUGACGUGCUGGCUCCCCCUGGGGAAGAGGGUCCACAUGGAUGAGACGGGCCUGACAGUACUGAGGAUCCUAUCCCAACGCAACAACGAUGAGGUGGCCAAAGAGUUCGUCAAGCUGAAGUCAGACCAGCGCCCUGCUGAAGAGGGACAGGGGAGCUGAGAGAGAACAGGUCAAGAGAUACUGAUGCAGACACACACAGUCACGGAACAUACACAGGAGUACACAUGUAUUCAUACACCGCACAAAAACGUGCACUGUACAUACACACAAACAAUACAGGCAAACACAUACGUGAACCCACAGAACAUAUGCAUAUGUUAUACAAAACAUGGUCAUAAACACACUAAUGAUCUCUAUCACAAUGAUUUAGCACGUGUCCAAACGCUGGCCAACGGUUCCUUCGGCCAUAGAUAGAUUUUGUACACUUAUCAAUCAGUUUAUCAAUUUCUGCUGCUCUCUUUCACUCUUGCAUAUUUACAUCCAAUUUUUCUAAUACAUUUAAUGCAGAAAUUGAUUGUGAAAAAAAUAUCACCUGAGGAGUUAUGGAUGACUUUGCACUUUGACCUCUGCAUGUUCAGGAGAGCAGCUCUAACCCCAACUCUUACUCCUCUGUCUGUCAAUAUACCAGUCUGUUGUUCUCUGUUUUUUUUUAUGUUGUGCUGUCUUCCUGCUGUGUGAUGUGUUCUGGGUAGAAGAUGCCAUAAGGCACAGAUCUAGGAUCAGCGUACAAUCCCCUUGUCCUUACUUUGCCUGUUAGGGAGGGGGAAAUUUAACUCUGAUCUUACAGCGCCUUCGGAAAGUAUUCAGACCCCUAGACUUUUUCCACAUUUUGUUACAUUACAGCCUUGUUCUAAAAUGUAUUAAAUGUAUUUUUUACUCAUCAAUCAACACACAAUAAAUACCCCAUAAUGAUAAUGCAAAAAAAAUAUUUUUUGGUUGUUGUUUUUUCUCAUUUAUAAAAAAUAUCACAUUUAAGUAAGUAUUCAGACCCUUUACUCAGUACUUUUUGUUGAAGCACCUUUGGCAGCGAUUACAGCCUUGAGUCUUCUUGGGUAUGACGCUACAAGCUUGGCACACCUGUAUUUGGGGAGUUUGUCCCAUUCUUCUCUGCAAAUCUUCUCAAGCUCUGUCAGUCUGGAUGGGGGGCGUUGCUGCACAGCUAUUUUCAGGUCUUUCCAGAGAUGUUCGAACGGGUUCAAGUCCGGGCUCUGGCUGGGCCACUUGGACGUUCAGAAACUUGUCCCGAAGCCACUCCUGCGUUGUCUUGGCUGUGUGCUUUCAAAUCAAAUUUGAUUUGGAACAUGCACCGAAUACAACAGGUGUAGACCAGUGAAAUGCUUAACCAACAAUGCAGUUUUAAGAAAGAUAUGUGACAAGUAAAAAUAGAUAAGUAAAAAAUACAAUUAAAAUAACAAAAAUAUUUAAAGAGCAGCAGUAAAAUACAGCAGACAGGCUAUAUACAGGGGGUACUGGUAUAGAGUCAAUGUGCUGGGCCACAGGUUAGGUGCGGUAAUAUGUACAUGUAGGUAGAGUAAAAGUUACUAUGCAUAGAUAAUAAACAGCUACAGUGGUCCUUCUGUAGCUCAGUUGGUAGAGCAUGGCGCUUGUAACGCCAGGCUAGUGGGUUCGAUCCCCGGGACCACCCAUACGUAGAAUGUAUGCACACAUGACUGUAAGUCGCUUUGGAUAAAAGUGUCUGCUAAAUGGCAUAUAUUAUUAUUAUUAUAUUAAACAGAGA